GUUGUGUCACCUGACUUAUUCUGGAACCAUGGGGAUGGCUCGCUUUCUCCUAGUGGCAUGGACCGUUGGCCUCUGACACAUGGAAGGCAUCAAGGGGAAAGGACCAACCCCAUGGAAAUUGCAGAGGCCUGGCCCCCACUCUGCAGACUGCGUGUUGCCACCUCGCCCCCACCUGUGAUGGUGUUCGUCCAGUUGGGAUUGCCUCUCUCGAGUACCUGCCGUCUGCUUUUCUGAUCAUGAUCUACAGCAGCAGAAUAAGCAAGCGUGGACGGCUGCCAUUACACUCCGAUGGACAUGCUGGUCUUUAAGGAUAUCCUGUCUCCCAGCCCUGGAUUUACUCAAAAGCUGAAAUUAGGGAGUUUUGUGUGUGUCUGUUUUUGUUCUUUUUAUUCUAACGUGCAAUUUCCCAAUUGGUUUACUAUAGGUUUCUUUGAGACAGAUUUCCCAGGGCAUUUAAAACUAGGCUGUUCACAGAACAUCAGCUUAACACAUUUAAAUUGUCCAGUGUGCUCUGACCUCUGAGUUGUGAAAAGCAGAGGAGCAAGACCCAAGCCCUCCUCCUCAAGGAACGGUCGCUGCCGUGCAGCUGGGACUGCGAGACAUUUCCCCGUGUGACAGGAAAGCCUGCCGCCUGGUGACCAGACUCACUGCUGCCCUGUGUUGUCUGCCAUGAUGGGACCGAGCCAGCCAGCCUCAGCAUAUGUCCAUCUAGCAUCUGGGACCCAGCUGGACGGGAGCAGGGACCCCGGGAAACCUCAGGCCCCCCAGACCCAGCUGCAAUUCAACAGGAAUGUUCCUACACACUCAGGCAACUUGGCAGUCCGAUACUCCUCCCCACAUGGAAUUAGAAUUGAAAAGCUAAAGCACGGGUACAAUGAAUCAUACCAUUGUAAAGAUUCAGAUUUGAGAGUCGGUCCUGACCCAAGAGGCUCUGUUUCAUUUUCCGUUGUAUCAGAAGAGAGACUUAGCUAUGCCGUCCACCUAGCCAAAAGAGAUGUGAAACGAAGACAAUUUGAAGAACAUAUAAGAGAACAUAAUAUCAGGAGUCAGCCCCGAAGUUCUCAGAAAUGUGGACACACUAAGUGUAAAAUGCCUGACCACAGAGUGGAGAGGAAGGAGCCUGUGGGCCAAGAAGCCUGUCGGGGCAGCCAUCAGCCGUCCCACGCAGGGGUUUCUGGCUCAGGCGCCAAGGUGUACCUCUACACUCCCCCCUCAGGACAGUUGGAUCUGGGUGAGCCAAAUUCACCACCCACACAUGAUCCAGGACUUCAGGCACAACCCAGGCCAAGUGACCACAAGAACUUCUGUGAACAGAAAUGCCUGCAGGAAGUUCAGCGACUCCAGAAAGAACUGAGCAAUUGUAUCCACAAAAUUGAAGCGGUCACUGCAAAAGAUAGACUAGAAGAAGAUUUGGAUCCAGAGGAAGAGCGCCGAAUCUGCGUCAGGAGACAGGAGCAAGCUGUUCGCGCUGCCCGGAUGCUCUACGUCCUCCAACAGCAGGUAAAAGAAAUCCAGGAAGAAUUGGAUAAAUUGAGUCCGCAUAGAGUUAAACACACCAAGAAGUCAUGGGCCAUGUCUAGGCUGGCAGCUGCCCACCGAGGAGCCAUUCGGGCCUUGCAGAUGUUUGUCACCCAGUUUACUGACCGAGGGGAACACCCCAUUCCUGCCCGCUGUAAGGAGCUGGGAAGCCUUAUUCGCCAGCUUUCACUUUGUUCUGCCAAACUGGAUGCGGAUUCUUCUGUCCCUGAUGUGGUUAUUGAUAUUCUGCAACAAAUUGAGGCUUUGGAAUCUCUCCUGGAAAAGAAACUGUCACCAAAAAAGGUGAAGAAAUGUGUAGGUGACAGUCGAAGCCGAUUUCCAAUUGGAAGCCAAAGGACCUUCGCAACAUGGCCAAGUCCAUCACCUAAGAAUGAACGGAGGCCCUUUGUGGAAAAGGAGAUAGUUCCACAGGACACAGGGCUGCCUGCAGUGGCACAGAAGCUUCUGGCUGAUAAGCACCAGCCUGGCCAAGACUUUCCCAUGGCACAGAGGUCGGAGAGAGAGCUUGAGGCGUUAGAUGCGGAUAUCGCUCUGGAGCAAGCCCCGUUCAUCCUAGAUCAGAGUCCAAGGUGCGGGAACGAGGCUUCGGCCCUGCCAAAAGCCAGAAUAGCCACCAAGAAGCCUGCGGCAGAGAAUGUGCCACUGAGGAGGAAGGAUGCUCUGGCCCCCGCAAGACCACAGCAGAGCUUACACAAACCUGAAAGAACCAAGCUGAUAAGCCAGCCUCCCAGCAAAAGCAGGUUGCAACAGGCAACAGUUUCAUCCCGAUUGAAAAUGAAGCAGCAGCCUGUGAAAGACAGCCGGGCUCCCUGGAUCCCUCCAAACCCCACGUCCCCGCCAGCGUCUCCCAAAUGCGCUGCGUGGCGGAAGGUGAAGUCCAGCCCCAGAGGAGCUGCCAAAGAGCAAGGUCUGCAGCAAGAAGACACUCCAGAGCAAAAGCAGUGGAGAGAUGUUGAGCACGAAGCAGCCAGGCUUGCUUGGCUUGAUGCUGAAACUUCUAAAAGAUUGAAGGAACUAGAAGAACUAAAAGCCAAAGAAAUGAACAAGAUGCAAAAACAGAGGCUUGAGUGGCUUGGUGCUGAAACUUCUAGAAGAACAAAGGAACUGAAUGAACUGAGAACCGAAGAAAUGGAUAGACUCCAAAAAGUAAGCAUUUCUGCCACCCAGUUAGCAGACAAGGUGGAAGAGGCAGUUCUGGAGCGUUUGAAGCCUCUCUUGUUGAAGGCCCAGAGAGCUGGCUCUUCCGAGGAAGCAACUGCUCAGCUAAAGGAUUACCUCGCAGGGGACACAGUGACGGCCCAGCCUGCGGAGGAGGCUACAGCUCUUGAUUCUGAAGGCAACAACGUUCAUCAGCUGGAUGAUUUUCUGGAAAACACUGCUCAUGAACUCUGGGCUGUGACGCGUGCAAAGAUCUUGGGGUCUGAAUCCUCAGCCACCUUGGGGGACAGCCCAAAUCUGGAGACUAUGAUGAUUCGAAUGGAGGAGAUGGAAAAAUAUCAAGAGACGGUUCGUCAAAGAUAUAAUAAAAUUGUGUAUGCUGAUCCUCAGUUUUGGAUGCAUGAAGAAAGUAAUGACCAGAAAGUUUCAGCAGUCAGUGAAAGGCCUCUGGCUCCUCAUCCAAUCAAGAUCACAAAGACAGUGACACGUAAGGACGGAGCUGUGAACAUCAUGUUGGAACGACCAUGCAAUGGCAAUUCUCUGCAUGAAAGUUUGACUACAGAGGAGAGAUCAGAAAAAGGGGGGACUCCCCUCCACUUCCUCAUAGAAGACUCCCAGCAAGAAAAAGGGGGGACUCUCCUCUUCGUCCCACCAGCCAUGCGGCGCAGCAUUGGUGACUACAGUAGCCGUUUUGAGCAGUACCUCCGGGUCAUCUCUCACGAGGCUGUGGGUGCCUUCAACCCGUGGCUCAUAGCUGAGAGCUUCUCAGAAGAGCUGGUAGAUGAAGCUCUGGGGGCCGUGGCUGCCGAGCUCCAGGACAUGUGCGAAGAUUAUGCAGAAGCCGUGUUCACCUCCGAGUUCUUAGAGGCCGCUGCGUGACAGCUCUUCGAGGUGGGGCCAACACACCACACAGAAUGAGGGAUGGCACCCCUGCUCUGAGCCCCUGCGAGGCUGUCUGCUCCAUGGCCCACCUACAUCCUGAGCUGCUGCCCGCUGAAGGCAGGAGGUGCCCGCAAGAACGUUCUUGCUUUGCGGUCUAUUGUUGACACAUUAGUGCUGCUGGAGCCCAUGAUACAAUGCGUGACAUUGACCACUGUCCCAGAAACAGGAAUUGAUAAUGACAAUACAGUAUUUUCAGGAUGUAUCAUUUUUCCAUGAAAUAUUAUGUUCCUUCCUGCAGUUCAGUCUGGCGAUCUCAGUGUUUGGAGAGGUAAUAGGUCAGUGUGUUUGGCCCGGGGACUCAAGUUGCUGCUGAAUGCACAGGCGGCCAUGCUGCCGACACCAAUGCAGUUCCUGUCUGGUCCCAUCACCGGCUCCAGUUGUCCCUGUAUGGCAGACUGCUGUUGGUUACGGGCUGGCUGCAGCUCCCUGGCAGCAGGAGCUGCCUAUGGUCAGCCCGCAGAAAUGAAUGUGCAUUUGUGCAACUCGCCUGACGGGUGCCAGCCCCAGCGACAGCCCCAGUGACUCCACAGACAGCUCCUCAGUCUGCAUUGUGACUGCUGACAGGGCAGGCACAGGAAGCCGUCCCUGCACCCUGAGGAGUGGGAAAACUGCAGCACAGAGGACUGGGCCUGUGCCCAGCCGGCAUGGGGGUACAGGGCACCCGGCUCCAUUUCCGUGCACAGAGAAACGCUAUGUGGGAGAAAAGAGCCCUGGGUCCCCCAGGGAGAGGACGACACUGCAGACCUGGGCAGCUCGUCCGUGGGUCGGCAGGAGGACAUCCUCUGUAGGAACGGUGAAUUCAGGAGAAGCAGCAGAGUGUAGACGAGCAGGAGGCCGCUGCCUGGAGGAAGUGUCCCCUGAUCUUUACUCUUACCUGAGACACGGAGAGCGGAAUGUGAAGAGUGGACGCCGGCCCCCCACCCCACGCCCCCAUGAGCACCGUGAGGCUCUGUGUACUACGCACGCUGUUGUUGUCUGGGGCUUUUUGUCUGAAGUGCAAAUAUUUCAGGUGAUCAUUGAAGCUGUUUGAUCACACUUGUGAAAAAGUCAGUUUUCAUGUAAUGUUACUGUUUUGCUGCUUAGUUUUGUGUAACUUGAGAAUGUGAAGGCCUUCAAGGGAAAUCACGGGCCUUAAUCUGGGGGAGUGAGUGUGCGCACGCUUGAAUUGCCAGGCACACCUUGCCUUACUUGGGUAGUUUUUACUGUACUGAUUUUGUAAAAAUAAAUUCAGUAUUUUGAAGUA